AGCAAGAUCACGAGAUACUCAGUUCGUGUACGGUCGUGAUCGCGAGAAGUUCGUUACCGAGGCCUCUAGGCGAGACCGGAACUUCCAGGCAGGUUCCCUGGACAGCGAAGAGGCGGACGCAUCCUUGGUAUCAGUGUGAUCAAGUGUGUAAAGUGAGGUGUUGCGGGGUUCGUUAUAACAGACAGGUUGACUUGGAAGACAGAGGGUGGUUCGCAAAUGGCGUCCACCGACGGUGAGAAGGCACCGCAGAAGGUGGCCGAAGAGAAUGGAACCAAUCCAUCGAAUACCGUCGACCUGCUGCUGAGCGAUCCAACGCGAUGGGAGAAGUUCUGCUUGCGCCACGGUAUCAACCCGAACCUGAUCAUGCUCAAGAUUACGCUGUUCGUGAUGUAUGGUGCAACCUCUUCGCUGCUGCCGUACCUGACGAUCCACAUGCAAAGCACCGGGCUGACGGUGGAGGAAAUUGCAAUCAUCUACUUGGCACUACCGUUCACGACCUUCCUCAGCCCUCCGAUCACCGGAUUCCUGGUGGACAAGUUCGGACGCUACAAACCAGUUGUCAUCAUGAGUUUGCUGUUAAAUGCAUUAUUCCACCAUUCGCUGCUGCUCAUCCCGCAGCAGGAAAUACCUGGCAAGGUACCGGAAGCGUACGUAAUGAGACAUCCCGGGACGGGAAAUGUAGAGGUUUGGUGGUCCCCAUGCCCUAGCCGUGAAUGCCCGGAGGAGGAAGAGAUGGACAUUGUCGUCGACCAGUGCCUGGACCAUUGCCUGCUGCUGGAACAGAACCCCAAGAUCGAGAUCGCACCACCACCAACGGAUCUGCCGCUUGUCGUCACGCAGAACUCGGCCGACACGAACGAUCCGAAGGACGAUUUGGAUCUGUUUGUGCGCAAGGGACCGAACAAGAGCAAAAACAAAACCCAGGACGUACUUAGUACCGGCGGCACGACCACUACCAGCAGUAGUACCAGCAGUAUCUCGAGUACUACGGAGUUGUAUAUAGACAAGUCAAUACUUAAGGAGGAACCGGAUGAGUCGUCGGAGGAAAGCGAGGAAGGUUGGGUGGUGGCCGGUAGCGGUGACUCGGCGUUUAUCGUGCUCGAUAUGCACCCGGAUCUGGGGGAACCGAUCGAGCAGCUUGGGAUGGAGAUCGAACACGAUGAUAAUGCGACGGUGACGGACUUUAAGACGCGCUUCGGUGUGGCGCUACUGUGGAAGCAGGGCGUCAAUGUGACCGCCCUGGAGGAGGAGGAUCUACGGUGCGGUGGCCUAGUGCUCACGUCCAACAUGUCACUCAACAGCAACCUGAUGCUGUCGGAGUGGGCAGCCGAUUGUAUGGUGCAGCGGUGCCGAUUCCGUCGCAAUGGACCGGACAUCUGUCCACCGGAUUAUAAGGAGAGUGACGAUAAGAUCUUCUGGAUCUACUUUGCGCUUCGCUUCCUAGCCACGACGAUGCUGUCGGCCGGUGUCACGAUAAUGGAUCCGAUCGCACUGACCAUGAUCGAGAAGUACGGUGGAGAUUUUGGGCGCGAGCGGCUCUUCUCCAGUAUUGGGAUGGCCAUCUUUUCGCCGAUCACCGGCGUCAUGAUCGAUUUCUUCUCGAAGGAUCUCGGCUACACGGACUACUCGGCCGCUUUCUACACGUACGAUGUGCUGCUGAUCGUGUCGUCGGUUACGGUCUUCCUGAUGCCACUGGGUGAGAAGUUGCCGGCGGAUAACGUGUUUAAGGAUCUGUGGAAUCUGCUGAAGUUGAAGCACGUCAUCAUGUUCAUUUGGUUCCUGUUUCUGCUCGGUAACUUCUGGGGUUUCAUCGAAAGUUUUCUGUUUCUGUACCUGAAGGAGCUCGGUGCUCCGAAUUAUCUGCUCGGGAUCACGAUCACCGUCGGUACGGUGAGCAGUAUACCGUUCCUGUAUGGAGCCGGGCGUAUAACGAAGGUCGUUGGGCAUGUGAACCUGAUCGUGAUUGCUUUCAUUGCGCACGCUUGUCGUUUGGUUGGUUAUUCGUUUAUUGAGAACGCUUGGUGGUGCUUUCCGUUCGAGGCCAUGGAAGCACUGUCCUGCCAUUUGAUGUGGGUAGCUGCCGCUACGUAUUGUGCGCUGCUUGCACCGAAGAGUCUCCUAGCAACGCUGAUCGGUGUACUGGGGAUGGCGCACUUCAGUUUGGGUCGAGGUAGUGGCUCCUUCUUCGGAGGUUUCCUCAUCUCGGAGGUAGGUACACGUGAAGCGUUCCGGUACAUGGGACUGGUUGCCGUGGCCGGUGGUCUGGCCUACAAGUUUAUCCACUCUAUCUGGCUGCGCAAGUACGACAAUCCGGAUGCCGACGAGGAAACGAUCGAGAAGGGUGAAUCGGAGAAGCUGUACAACGAUGGCGACGAACCGAAGACCAAGGAUCAGGGUACCUCGAUGUCGCAGGAACGGUUAUCGCUCAUGAUAAAGUACAAUCAGAUAGGCAGCCUCACCUCGCUACCACGCGGUUCAAGGGGUGACGUCAACGAUUCCU